AGAGGAAGAGCUCCGAUAUUUACACACACACACACAUUGAAGCUGACAUUCCCACACAAGCAGACAAGAAGGGAAGAUGGCAAAUGCAUUUAUUAACAAUUUAGCAUCUUCUCUUGUCUUUGUGCUGCUGCUGCUGACACAUUUCCCCAGCCAAGCUUUGGGGGAACAAACGAAAACGACAGAGUUUGACGUGAGACCUGGUGGAAUGGUGCACACUUUCACCGAGUACAUCGGAGGAUACGAAUGCACUUUCUCGUUCGCCGCACAAGGAGGAACUAAUGAGAAAUGGUUAAUGAGUGUGGGCCUCAGCGAUGAAGACAAACUGUUGUCAUGCUCUGUGUGGAGGCCUACGGGGACUUCCUACCUGUUUUUCACGCAGUUCAAAAUGGAGUUGAAAGGAACCAAAAUUGAAUAUGCAAACGCCUCGUCUCAGGCGAGGGCAGGACAAAGUGAGGUGGUGCUUAGUGCGGAGGAGUACACCGUAGGAGAGUCUGCAGUGACCCACACGGAGGGAAAGUUCAAGGCCCAGCUGGCCAAGCUGACGGCCAUCGGUCGCACGCGUCACCAAGAGCUGUGAGCCAGCGAGGUCGCGUGACUCGCCGGGAUCUUUUUUCAGGACCAUGUGACUUUUCCGCGGAGCCGAAAAAUCUCUUUUAUUGUCCACCAUUUUUUUUUUUACGGGCUGAGAUUAAGUGAAUCUUACUUAGAAUUAAUAUUUACAGUCCGAGUACUGUAAACCUCGGGGGGGGUUUUACUGGCCACUGCCGUGACAAAAUGUAUGCAAGGACAUUUAUUUUGCUGAGCAUCAAACAUUAAAGGCCUACUGAAAGCCACUACUAGCGACCACGCAGUCUGAUAGUUUAUAUAUCAAUGAUGAAAUAUUAACAUUGCAACACAUGCCAAUACGGCCUUUUUAGUUUACUAAAUUGCAAUUUUAAAUUUCCUGCGGAGUUUCCUGUUGAAAACGUCGCGGAAUGAUGACGCGUGUUUGUGACGUUAUUGGUUGAGCAGACAUUUUUAGCACAGCACCACACACGGCUAAAAGUCGUCUCUUUUCAUCGCAUAAUUACACAGUAUUUUGGACAUCUGUGUUGCUGAAUCUUUUGCAAUUUGUUCAAUAAAUAAUGGAGACAUCAAAGAAGAAAGCUGUUGGUGGAAAGCGGUGUAUUGCAGCUGCCUUUAGCACCGAAACACAGCCGGUGUUUCUUUGUUUGUUGUGAAGCUUUAGCAAACAUGUUUCUCUACAACAUGUCAACCAGCAAGUUUUUGGAUGAGAAAAUUGUGAUAUCAAGUCGGCUCUUACUUGUGCGGAGUUAGCGUCUUCCUGCAGCAGCUGCCAUCUUGGCUAAUCCAUUGGCUUCUCCCAGAGACACUGGCGGUCACCGCAGCCCUCCCACUUUCAGGUAUAAAUGGAUUGUACUUGUAUAGCGCUUUUGUGAAUUAUAUUUAUAUAGCGCUUUUCUCAAGUGACUCAAAGCGCUUUAUAUAGUGAAACCCAAUAUCUAAGUUACAUUUAAACCAGUGUGGGUGGCACUGGGAGCAGGUGGGUAAAGUGUCUUGCCCAAGGACACAACGGCAGUAACUAGGAUGGCACAAGCGGGAAUCGAACCUACAACCCUCAAGUUGCUGCCACGGCCACUCUACCAACCGAGCUAUGCCGCCCCUUCUACCUUCAAGGUACUCAAAGCGCUUUGACACUACUUCCACAUUUACCCAUUCACUCACACACUGAUGGAGGGAGCUGCCAUGCAAGCCGCUAACCAGCACCCAUCAGGAGCAAGGGUGAAGUGUCUUGCUCAGGACACAACGGACGUGACGAGGUUGGUACUAGGUGGGAAUUGAACCAGGGACCCUCGGGUUGCGCACGGCCACUCUGCCACUGCGCCACUGACUUAAUAAUCUCACUAAAACACUAUUAACAAAAUAAACAGAUUAGGGAUUUUCCAGAAUUAUCCUAGUAAAUGUGUCUAAUAACAUCUGAAUCACUCGCCUUUUUUCUUAUUCUAGUGCUUCACUCUAACUUUCCUCAUCCACGAAUCUUUCAUCGUCGCGUUCUCGGUCCGAAUCGCUCUUGCUGCUGGCGGCUAUGAUUAUAAACAAUGUGAGGAGCCCUACAACCUGUGAUGUCACGCGCACAUAGUCUGCUACUUCCGGUACAGGCAAGGCUUUUUUUUUAUUAGCGAACUUUAUCGUCAAUGUUCUCUACUAAAUCCUUUCAGCAAAAAUAUGGCAAUAUGGCGAAAUGAUCAAGUAUGACACAUGGAAUGGACCUGCUAUCCCCGUUUAAAUAAGAAAAUCUCAUUUCAGUAGGCCUUUAAAACCAAGAAAGGAACUAAGUUGCAAUAUGACCAGCUCUGCUCAAACAAGAUGACAUCAUUACCUUCUUUGCUUCGCCCGCUUGAGGAAUCAUUGAGUAUCUCCAGGUGUCCCUCGGGGGUCCCAGCAGGAGGUCAACCACAUCCAGGUGAAAAAAAGGCUGAAAAAGAUAAAACAAUAAUUUUGUA